AUGGCGCUGACCGCUGCCAUGUCGGCCUGGGAGCCCAGGUUCUCUACCCACAACGACGACCACGACAUCGCUUCAGCCGUGGCUCUGGCUCGUGCCCAUAUUUCACCGCGCAACCUCAACGUUUCCGGUACUGCGCGACCUGUCGUCACGCCCGAAAUCGCAGCAGCAUUCCAACUGAUACAGCGGAGAGGACUGUCCAAGGCUGUGUUUAACGACUUUCUCGGUAAGCUUGGGUCUUCAAUUGGCGACACCUUUGCCAUCUACAUCGGUCCGCUCCCAGCGCCUAUACGGGAUACCAAGCUCCUUCCGAUCUUGACAUACGACGACGUCGAAUCAAACUUUACCCUCAUCAAAGACGAGAUCACCCACGCCAUCGCCGCCAUCGAAACACCCUCUUCAAACGACGAUGAGCAAGACCAACGCGUCCUCCGCGUCAUCGCCCACCUCUUCGAACGUCUCGCCUCCUGGCAACGUACAUGGGGCGUUCCCCUCCGCGCUUUCCAAGAUAACGGCUACAUAAGCGCAUUCACCCGAACAUUCCACUUCCUCCUCCACUCCACCCUCCCCCCCUCAUUCCCCGCCCACCUCAUCCACUUCCUCUCCACCUCCCUCUCUUCCCUCCCUUCCAACUCCUCGUCUCCCCCUUCCCCCUCCCCUCCCUCUCCUUCCUUCCCUUCAACCUCUUUCCCCUCUUCCUCCACCCAAAGUACUUACCAACAAAACCCCCGCCCCAAAAUCCCACCCCCAACGCCUCACUUGAGCCGCUUAGGUAUAUUCCCCCGCUACUCUGGAAGCUUGAGCCAUGUAGCGCACGAAGAGAUCCGCCGGAUCGCUUUGGAGGAGGCUGACAAGGGGUGGGGGGAGAGAAGGUUGGGGAGGGCGAGGCAGAGGAUCGGGGAUGGGGUUGCUAAUUGGCUUGCUGGGAUGUUUGAAGGCAAUGACUCUGUCCAAGCUUCCCUCCGCCCAAUGUUCUCCCGCUUUGACUAUUUCCUCUGUAAAUGCUUCUUCGACAUCCGCACCGACGAGCUUUUCGACAUUAUCAUCGAUUUCCCGGAUUCCAUGGCUGCGCUUGAAGACCUGAAAGAAUGUUUGUUCAAAGUGGAUCAGAGGGUCGAGUUGGUCAACAAAUUGAAAGCUGCAAACGUGAAGCGCCUCCUCCACCCCGGCGCCGAAACCCACCUCAUCCUAAACAUCUACAUCUCCACCAUCCGCUCUCUCCGCAUCCUCGACCCCCCCGGCGUCCUCCUCCACUCCAUCGCCCUCCCCAUCCGCGCCCACCUCCUCCAACGGCCCGAUACCAUCAAGUGCAUCGUCGAGACCCUGGUGAACGGGGAGGAACUGCAGGAUGAGAAUGAAGGCGGGCUGAUAGGGGAGGGUGAGGCGGGGGCGGAGGAUUUUGCGGAUCCGAGGUGGGAGCCUGAACCUAUUGACGCUGCCCCGGAAUUCAGGUCGUCAAAGUCCCCAGACAUCCUCUCAACCCUCACUUCCAUCUAUCCCUCCACGGCAUCCAUCAUUGAAGCCCUCCAAGCAUUCCUCGCAAACCGGCUACUGCUCCUGACAGAUUAUGACGCCGUCCAAGAAGUGCGCACGAUAGAGCUGUUGAAAUUGCGGUUCGGAGAAGGCGCGUUGGCGGGGUGUGAUGUGAUGGUGAAGGAUGUGGCGGAUUCGAAACGGAUUGAUGCACGAGUUCAGGGAGAGAAAGAAUCUGUGGUACACCCGAUGGUACUGUCCAAGAUGUUUUGGCCCGACAUGCCGAGAUCAUCUUUGGUUCUACCCCCAAAGAUGCAAAAAAUCCACACGUCCUACGAACAAUCCUACCACUCCCUAAAUCCCGCCAAACACCUCUCCUUCCUCCCCUCCCACGGCUCCCUAACCCUAACUAUCGCCCUCUCCGACCGUACCCUCCACCUCACCUGCACCCCGCUCCAAGCGGCCAUGAUGGAGUUCUUUGAGAAGAAGGAGGUGUGGGGGGUGGAAGAGUUGAGUGGGCAUUUGGGGGUGGGGAAGGUGGAGGUUGGGAGGGCGUUGGGGUGGUGGGGCGAGCAGGGGGUUGUGAGGGAGGAGGGGAAGGGGAGGUGGAGGUUGGUGGAGGUUUUGGAUGGGGAUGAGUAG